GCAAGCCGCUAGGAGAACUCCACACGGCUUGCGAUGACUGCAAUAUGGCUUUCAUAUUCUUUCCUUCUUCUUUCCUUCUUCUCCUUUCAUAGUAUAGAUAGAAUCGUAUUGUCUCGCAUCCCUUUCUCUCCCUCCUUCAUUCAAGAUGCCAUCUGAAUCCCAGUAUCCACCGAUUGACAUUCCCAACACAGACGUAUGGGGUUUCUUAUUUGAGAGGAAAGAUAGGCCAUACCCAGAUGACAAAGUGAUCUACCAGGAUCCUUACACAAAUCGCUCAUACACAUAUGCUCAAGUCAAGAACAGCGCGGCCGACUUCGGCAAGGGACUGAAGGCUCUGUGGGACUGGCAAAAAGGCGAUGUGCUCGCACUGUAUACCCCGAACUGCAUUGACACGCCUGCGAUCACGUGGGGAUGCCACUGGGCCGGAGGUAUUUUGAGUCCAGCGAAUCCAGGUUAUACUGUCGAUGAAUUAGCUUUCCAGCUCAAAGACUCUGGCGCAAAAGCCAUAGUGACACAAUUACCAUUUAUAAAGACAGCAAGAGAGGCAGCGACCAAAUCGGGCAUCCCAGAUAACCGGAUUAUUAUCAUUGGAGACCAACGCGAUCCGAAUGGAAGAGUAAAGCACUUUACGAGCAUUCGGAAUAUUUCAGGUACCGCAAGAUAUCGAAGGACAAAAGCUAAGCCGGAAGAUGACCUGGCUUUCUUGGUGUACUCAUCUGGGACCACGGGACAUCCGAAGGGAGUUAUGCUGACGCAUCGAAAUAUUGUUUCCAAUGUUUUGAUGCUUCGGGCAGGAGAGGCGGGACAUCUUGGUUGGAGCAACGGCCCAAAUGGAGAAGGGGAUAAGCUGCUAGCCUUUCUUCCAUUCUUUCACAUCUACGGCCUCACUUGUCUCAUCCACCAAAGUCUCUACUCGGGCCUCCAACUCGUUGUAAUGCCCAAAUUCGACCUCGAAGACUUCUGUCGCUUCAUCCAAGAUUACAAAAUCACCUUCUCGUACGUCGUCCCUCCUGUCGUACUCAUGCUAUCAAAACACCCCGUUGUCUCCAAAUACGACCUCAGUUCCAUCCGAAUGAUGAACAGCGGCGCCGCCCCUUUGACACGAGAACUCGUCAUAUCACUUCACAACCGCCUCAAGAUCCCAAUAAAACAAGGCUACGGGCUCUCGGAAACAAGCCCUACGACGCAUACCCAGCCAUGGGAGGACUGGAAUAAGACAAUAGGGGCUGUGGGAACAUUGCUGCCAAAUCAAACCGCGAAGUAUAUGAGUCCGGAUGGGAAGGAAGUGCCAGUCGGCGAGACAGGCGAACUAUGGAUCAAGGGUCCCAACGUCUUCAAGGGAUAUUUGAACAACCCUGAGAUGACGGCACAAGCGCUUACGGAGGAUGGGUAUUUCAAGACGGGGGAUGUUGGGUAUCAGGACAAAGAUGGCCACUUUUACAUCACGGAUCGGGUCAAGGAACUCAUCAAGUACAAAGGUUUCCAGGUUCCACCUGCGGAGCUCGAAGGGAUUCUUGUCGCUCACCCAAGCGUGAACGAUGUCGCUGUUAUUGGUAUCUACAACGAAGAGCAAGCUACCGAAGUUCCGCGCGCAUAUGUUGUUCCGGCGGGAGGGUUAGGCAAAGGAAACAAGGAGGCAGAUGAGAUUGUGGAAUGGUUGAAUAGUAGGGUGGCAAGUCAUAAAAAGUUGAGAGGGGGGGUGAGGUUUGUGGAGGCGAUUCCAAAGAGCGUGAGCGGUAAGAUUUUAAGGAGGUUAUUAAAGGUCAAAGCGGCGGAGGAGGAUAAGGCGAAGAAAGCGAAAUUGUAGACUACUUAGUAUCGAAACUCUCCUGAAGCUAACGAGAUUUU